AUGGCAAAAUCACUUGUAUUUCUCUUUGCCAUGGCCAUGCUGGUCAUGACAUGUUUAGCAGCUCCAGCCACUACCACUCACAAGCACGCUCAAUUAACAAGACGCGAUAUUCCUGAUCCAAAUACAAUGGUCAAGCUGGCUCAAAGCGGUCUUCGCAGUAUGAUGGUGGUUGCAAAAUUGACAGCAGAUAAUGAAUUGAACCUGCUACAACCCAAGAAACCAAAAGUGAGCCCUGCAGAUGCCGACAAUUCAGAGUUUGGUGUGAGUGCAAACCCAAAUGCAGGCAAGCAAAAGACGGUAACUGACAGCCAUAUCCCAAUGAAUGCCUGA